AUGUUUCGGCUAUUUGUAAAAAUUCUCUUGAUACUUAAUAUUAUAAAUAUAUCCAUCAAAGCUGACGACUUACCAAGAAUCAAUUGUCAACGUGCAACAUCGUUGAAUAAGAAAGAUUCAAGUAUAGCAAGUUUGUCGAGUAAAACAGUAUCAGUCAAUGAAAUUCUUACCAGUGAAAUGAAUGAUUAUUGGCUUGGAAGUAUAGGUAUUGGUUCACCAUCACAGAAUUUUUACAUCGAUUUCGAUACUGGUUCAUCAGAUCUAUGGGUUCCAUCAAUUAAAUGUUCUUCCUUAUGUAAUAACCACAAUCGAUAUAAUUCGAAUGCGUCUAGUACAUAUCAAGUAGAUGGUGAUUAUUUCCUUAUUACCUAUGGUGAUGAAUCCUAUGCAGAAGGUUAUUUUGAUAAUGAUGUUGUUACAAUCAAUGGUCUUACUGUGACUAAUCAACUUUUUGCCGAAGUAUUGAAUAUGUCGGGUUUCGAUGCCCCUGAAGAUGGUAUUUUAGGAUUAGCAUAUCCGGAUUAUACAUCAGGUGGUGAAACACCUUUAUUUUAUAAUAUGUGGAUGCAAAAUUUAAUUCCACAACCGAUAUUUAGUUUUUAUUUUAAUCCAGAUUCAUCAGCAACACCUGGUGGUGAAUUGAUUUUUGGUGGUGCAGAUACGAGCAAAUAUACAGGAGCAAUUACUUAUGUCAAUGUUAGUGUACAAGGUUAUUGGCAAUUUAAUAUGAAUAGGAUCACUGUUGGCAAUAUUUCAAUUUGCUCAUCGAACUGUAGUGCUAUUGCUGAUACUGGAACAACUUUAAUUCUUGGACCAACCAGCAAUAUUCGUGCAUUAAAUGCAGCAUUAGGUGCUACUUACGAACGUAGUUCAGGAUGGUAUCGAGUAUCAUGUUCAACUCGUACUCAACAAGGUUUUCCAAAUGUUACAUUUACAAUUAGUGGUCAAACGUUUACACUUUCGGUACUUCAAUAUUUUUUAAUAUUUCAGAAUGGUCAAAAUUUUGUUUGCUACAGUGUUUUUAAUUAUUCGCCAUUGAAUAAUAUCUGGAUUCUUGGUGAUUAUUUUCUUUCACGAUUUUAUUCUAUUUUUGAUAUUAAUCAAAAUCGAGUUGGUUUUGCUACUUCAAUCUCAUAUAAUUAUACACCUUAUAUAUAUCCACAAACAUUUCAAAGUACCACCACUAUUUCUAGUACAAUUGCAUCAACCACCAUAGUUCCAACUACCACAAUACUUACAUCAAUCACAACAACUCCAUCAACCAUCAAAGUUGCAUCAACUACCACAAUUACAUCCGUCACAACAGUUCCACUAACCACCAAAGUUGCAUCAACCACAAUACUUACAUCAAUUACAACAGUUGCAUCAACCACAACAGUUCCACCAACCACCACAGUUCCAUCUACCACCAUGAUUGCAUCCACUACAACAGCUACAUCAACUGGAAUGUCUUCAGAAGCAAUACGUCAAGAAAUUAGCUUAAUUAUUUUAUUCAGUUUAAUGAUCCUCAUCGCACAAUUUUAG